AUGGGGUUGAAGGCGGCACGCCGGUGUCUGGCGAUUGCGGUGGUCUGUCUUGCGGGAGCGAGCCUUGGCAGCGGUUUCGCGGUUCAGAACGCAACGGCGCAAAACAACGCCUCCCUGGUGCGUGUCGAUGCCGUGCGCAGCGAACCGCUGACCCAGACGGUGCCUGUGGUGGGCCGCCUCGUCGCCCGACAGGCCGGGUCGGUCGCCGCCCGGGUCAGCGGCCCGAUCCAGGAGUACACCGUCGAGGUCGGCGACCGGGUUGCGGCCGGCGAUGUCAUUGCCGUGCUCGACAGGGUGUCGAUGGAGGCCGAACGGGAUCUGGCGGCCGCGGGCCUUUCCGUGGCCCGGGCAGAGUUGAGGACCAAGCAGGCCGAGAUCACCCUGGCACGACAGGAACUGCAGCGCCUGGAGGGGCUGAAGCAGUCCGCCGCCUUCAGCCAGGCCCGUUUCGACGAUGCCCGUCAGGAGGUCGCCAUCGCCGAGGCUGCGGCCAGCGAAGCGGAGGCCGCGGUGACCAGCGCCCGCGCCACGCUGCGCUUGGCCGAAAUCGACCUGGAAGACGCCACCGUGCGCGCGCCCUAUGACGGGGUGAUCACCCAGCGCCUGAGCGAGGCCGGCUCCUAUGCGCAGGACGGCGCGGCUGUGGUGCGCAUGAUCGCCGAUCAGACCCUGGAGGUGGAGGCUGACGUGCCGGCCAACCGGCUGCUGGGACUCACCUCCGGCGCCGCCGUCGAAGUGGUGCUGGACGACGGGACCCUGAUCGGGGCGACGGUCCGGGCCGUGAUCCCCGACGAGAAUCCGCUGACCCGGACCCGUGCCGUGCGCUUCGUGCCGCGCUUCGGAGAGAUCAACAGCCCGCUUGCCAACGAGCAGUCGGUCACCGUGAUGGUGCCGGUUGGCGCGCCGCGGGACGUCGUCUCCGUUCACAAGGACGCCAUCAUCAAACGUCCCAACGGCACCAUUGUCUUCGUUGUCUCCGAGGGUCAGGCACAGCCGCGCCCGAUCGUGCUGGGCGAGCCGGUCGGCAACCGCUACGAGGUCGUCCAGGGCCUCGACGAAGGCGAGCAGACCGUGGUGCGCGGCAAUGAACGCCUGCCGAUCGCGGUCAUAGCCGCGGUGCUGAUGGUGGUGAUGUUCGGGAUCGUCGCGCUGCAGACCAUCCCCAUCCAGCUGGCGCCCGAUGUCAACCGGCCGGUCAUCACCGUAUCGACGAACUGGGGCGGCGCCGCGCCGGCCGAGGUCGAGCGAGAGAUCACCAACCGCCAGGAAGAAGAGCUGAAAGGUAUCGAGGGCCUGGAGACCAUCACCUCGCGCUCCGAGCAGGGCCGGGCCCGCAUCACCCUGGAGUUCGCCGUCGGCACCAAUAUGGACCGCGCUCUGCUGCUGGUCUCCAACCGGCUCGACCGGGUGAACGGCUAUCCGGACGAGGCCGACGAACCCUCGCUGGAUACCGCCGGCAGCGAAGACAGUCCCAUCGCGUGGUUCAUCAUCACCCGCGAGGACGGCAACGAACGGCCCAUCCACGAGUACGGCGACUUCGCCGAGGACAUUCUGCGCGAGCGCAUCGAACGCGUUCCCGGCGUCAGCCGCGUCAAUGUGUUCGGCGGGACGGAGCGGGAAAUCCAGGUGAUCGUCGAACCCAAGGUGCUGGCGCGCUACCGCAUGACGGUGAGCGAGGUCGUCGAUGCCCUGCGCCGCGCCAACGCCUCGCUCAGCGCCGGCGACGUGGACGAAGGCAAGCGGCGCUACGUGGUCCGCACCGAGGGCGAGUUGAACACCCUGGAAGCGAUCCGCGACGUCGUGGUGCGCAGCGAUUCCAAUGACGACAGCGGCCGCCUGGCGCGGGUGCGGAUCGGCGACAUCGCAGAGGUUUCCUACGGCUACAAGGAAGCCGGGGCCUCGAUCCGCAUGCUCGCCCAGGGCGCCAUGGCGAUGAACGCCCAGCGCGAAACCGGCGCCAACGUCAUCGAGACCAUGGACGGCAUCAAGGCAGCGGUCGAAGAACUGCGGGCCGGGGUGAUCCCGGCCGAGGGCCUGAGGCUGCGCCAGGUCUACGAUGAGACGGUCUACAUCAACUCCGCCAUCGAUCUGGUGCAGCAGAACAUCUGGGUCGGCGGGACCCUUGCCGCCAUUAUUCUUCUCGUCUUCCUGCGCUCCGUCCGCGCCACCCUGGUGGUGUCCAUCGCGAUUCCGGUUUCGGUCAUCGGCGCCUUCGUGGCCAUGGCCGCCAUGGGACGCUCCAUCAACGUGAUCUCCCUGGCCGGCAUCGCCUUUGCGGUCGGCAUGGUGGUGGAUGCCGCCAUCGUGGUGCUGGAGAACAUUUACCGCCUGCGCGAACAGGGCCGGCCGGCCCGCGAGGCCGCCUAUCUGGGCGCCAAGCAGGUCUGGGGGGCGGUGCUCGUCUCCGCCCUGACCACCGUGAUGGUGUUCAUCCCCAUCCUGGUGAUGCAGCUGGAGGUGGGCCAACUGUUCCGCGAUAUCGCGGUGGCCAUCUCGGUCUCCGUCAUGCUGUCGCUGCUGGUCUCGGUCACCGUGCUGCCGGCGCUCUCCAGCUGGCUGCUGAGCGGCGGCAGCAAGAAGCUGGACGAGAAAAGCAUCACCCGUCUGCGCCUGCCGCUGGUCGACUGGCUGGCGGAAAGGCUCAUCGCCAUCAUCAUGGGCUUCGUGCGGCUUGUGGUCGCCAGCCGCCUGGUGGCUUUCGUGGUCGUGGCGUCCGUCACGACAGCGGCGUCAAUGGGCGCCUGGCACUUCCUGCCCAAGCUGGAAUACCUGCCGGAAGGCAACCGGAACCUCGUUUUCGGCAUCAUCAUUCCGCCGCCGGGCUACAACCUCGGCACCACCACCGACAUCGCCAAAGGCAUCGAAGCCGCGACCCGGCCGCUCUGGAUCACCGAAAGCGGCAUGGAAGCCGACAGCUACCAAACCCAGGAAGAAGACGGCUUUUCCCUGGACGGCAUCGGGGAAGGCUUCACCGGGGCUUUGAGGUCUCUUUGGCCCGGCGGGGCAGAAAACGCCGAGCCGCCGCAGAUCGAACGCUUCUUCUUCGUCGCCACCAGGGCCACCACCUUCCUAGGCGCCACCGCGGUCGACCCGCAGCGCGCUUCGGAGCUGAUCCCGGUCCUGGAGGGCCCGGUGUUCCGCGAGCCCGGAACCUUCGGCUUCAUCAACCAGCCGUCGAUCUUCGGGCGCGGCAUCGGUUCGGGCCGCAAGAUCGACUUCGACAUCUCCGGUCAGGAGCUGGAGACCAUCCUCGGCGUCGCCCAACAGGCGGUGGGCCGAAUCUCGCAGAUCCUGCCGCGCAGCGAGGGCCACCAGCUGCGCCCGAACCCGGGCCUGGAACUGGGCGCACCGGAAGUGCGGCUCUUCCCCAACCGCCUGCGCCUUGCCGACAACAACGUGACCGCGCGCGAGCUGGGUGAAGCCAUCGACACCUUCAAUGACGGCCUCAGGGUGGCGGAGGUCACCGUCGGCUCCGACCGCCUGGACCUGAUGCUGAAAGGCCCGGAUUACAACGUCGUCGAGACCCAGGGCAUCGCCAGCCUGCCGGUGGUGACUCCCAGCGGCGACAUCAUUCCGGCUUCGUCUCUGGCUGAAGUGGUGCUGACCUCGGGACCCACCGAAAUCCGCCACCGCGAGCGCUUCCGCACCGUCACCCUGGAAAUCCGCCCCGCCCCCGGCAUUCCACUGGAAGCCGCCCUGGACACCCUGCGCAGCGAGGUCAUGGAGCCGAUGGAGGCCGAGGGCCUGCCGCCCGGGGUCACGUUCAACAUUUCCGGCACGGCCGAUAAACUGACCCAGACCUGGGAAGCCAUGGUCCUGGAUCUCCUGCUGGCGCUGGCCAUCGUUUUUCUGGUCAUGGCCGUGCUGUUCGAGAGUUUCAUCUAUCCGCUGAUCAUCCUGCUUUCGGUGCCUCUGGCCGCCGCCGGCGGCGUGGCCGGGCUGGUUGUGCUCAACACCUCCGUCUACCAGCCGCUCGACAUGCUGACCCUGCUCGGUUUCGUCAUUUUGAUCGGCAUCGUGGUGAACAACGCCAUCCUGCUGGUGCAUCAGACGCUCUAUCACCUGCGCGAAGAGGGCCUGGCCGCCGGCGCGGCGAUCGUCGAGGCGACGCGCAACCGCAUCCGGCCGAUCUUCAUGUCGACCCUGACGUCGGUCUUCGGGAUGCUGCCGCUGGUGCUGUUCCCCGGCGCCGGCUCGGAGCUCUAUCGCGGCCUGGGGUCGGUGGUGGUCGGCGGCCUCUCCCUCUCCGCCAUGCUGACGCUGCUGAUCAUCCCGCCGAUGAUGGCGCUGCUGGUCGGCGCGCUGGAAGGGCGCAAGGCCGCGUCCGGCCCGAAGGUGGCGGGCCCCGCACAGCCGGCCGGGGCUGUCGGGAACGGUCCCGGCGCGGCCCCGCCGCUUCUAGCCGGCUUUCCUGAUCUGGAAGGUAAAGCGGCCCUCCGCCUCGUCCCAGGACAGCAGUUCAUCGCCCGUGGUCUGGCAAAAAGCCUGGAAAUCCGCGACCGCGCCCGGAUCCGUGGCGAUGACUUCCAGGACCGCGCCGGCUUCGACCGAUUUCAUCGCCUUUCGGGCCCGCAGGACGGGCAGCGGGCAGCGCAGCCCGGUCCUCCACGGCGAAUCGGCGCCAUUCCCCCAGAAAUCCCGCCGUUCCGCAAGACUUCGGAAAACCUCACCGCCUUUCGGAUAAUUGGGAACAAAAAAAGUUCGCGGCUUGCGCUUGACCUGCCCCACCCCCGAACAACGUUUCCUAAUAUGCCAUACGGACCACUUCUUCUGACCGCCGGACGGGCGAGCCGCCUGCUCAAAGCCAUGGGCAAUGAGCGGCGCCUGGUAAUCCUCUGCCACCUGUCCGAACGCGAACACUCCGUGACCGAGCUUUGCCGGCUGGUUGGGCUCAGUCAAUCCGCCCUGUCCCAACAUCUGGCCAAGCUUCGCCGGGACAACCUGGUGAAGACCCGCCGCAACGCGCAAACGGUGCUCUACUCGGUAUCCAGCCCCGAGGUGGGCAAGAUGUUGAGCGCCCUGAGCGAGCUCUACGUGAACUGCUGCGCGGCGCGGCAGCCCGCACCGACCGAUACCGCUUCGGUGGACGGCGCUGCCAGCCGCUCCGGCGGCGCAGAGACAGCGGCCGAGGGCGCAGCCCUGCGCAAGCCCAGCACCUGA